GAAAACAGAUUUGUGGAAUCCACUAGGCUUUUAAGUCCAUUGAUUUCUUACUAAACAGUAUACUUGGAGUAAGUAUAAAUAAAUGCAUACUUGAGCGAAUCAUCUACACAUGACAAAUUGAAAGAUAAAUGUCUCAAGGAUCAUUUGAGUCAGCUAUAAGUGGCCGUAAUUAAUUCUUCCUAUUUAGAACUUCAGAAAAAUUAAACUUUGAAAGAUUUACUUGUAUCAUAGGGAAGAGAGAGCUAAUUUCAAAACUUCUUAUGCCUAAUCUGUUUUUCUUUCCUUCCCAUGGUUUUGAAGGACUCGAUUAACAUUAGCAACACAGGAAUGAACAGAAGAAUAAAUAUUUAUAGUGCAGAGGAGGAAGUACAGUAAAAGAGAAAAUGUCAACUUAAAGAAAGGCACCUAACUGUAUUGUUCUUAUUGUUACAAGGGAAAGUUACUCUGAUUACACUAACUUUGAGGUUUAAACAAAAUCUGUUAAACUAUUAAAUUCAUUUCCUAAUAGUUAAGCACACUGUUGAGAGAAGUUGGCUUAAAAAUGCAGAGAUGUGAAAUAUUUGUGUGAUUCUUGUAAACGUCAAAUAAAUUUGUUUAUUAUUUGGGUUUUGACUUUGUUAGUGUUUUGUAAUUGAGACACUGCAGUAUUGUCCAAUGGCAAAAGAUCAAAUGCCUAGUUUAUUUUCAUCAGAAAAAGCCCCAGGCUACUUUAAAAGAAUAAUUUAAUAAUUGGUAGAAGUAAAUUUUGCAAUUUGUUUGGUGCUAGUGUACAUGACGGGUAAUUGUUUGAUUAAAUUAUUUCGUGCCCACACUCCACCCCCCUACCCUUGCAGUAACAUUAGCAUUUUCCCAGUCAUUUCCUGCUUCUCAGCAAAGAGGCAGCUGGUAUUAUCAUCGUUAUUCUUUUUAUUAUUAUAUUUCUAUAGACAAGUAUGAAUCUUUAUGGUAUAAAAAGGGAGAUUAGAGAUUCAUGGAAACAUGUUAUACCAUCCAUUGCUGAAUCAUUACUUGUAUGGCAACUCACUCAGGGUCUUUUUUGUGGAUGGUAAAGGUCACUUAAUAUAGUGCCUUUUAGAAGACUAGUGGCCAGCAUGUUUGCUCUCCUGUACAAAAACGACAUAUGCGGUUAGGCAUCUGUCCUUAAACACCAAAAUUGGCUAAAUAAUAAUAAUGCAGUCUGUACUUAUCAUAAAAACAAAGUCAGUGAAGCUAUGAGAGCAUCAUGACUAGAGUGCAUUAGUCCAGCAAGAAAUAUGUUCACAGGCAAAUGUUGGUAGCCAGUGAGGUUGCCCUGAUAAUGGGGGAGAGAUAAAAUCAUCCUGUGAGUCCGUACAUGUUACAUGCUUUGAAACUGAGGAUUUUAUGUUAUUAUGCCGGUAUUUUGUGUCAGUUUGAACAAUAUGUAUUAUUACAUUCUAUCCAUUUUCAGUGAAAUAUUAGAGGUGUUCUGAACCUUUCUUUUUUUUUUUCUCUGAUAUGUAUUUGUUUUUCUUCUUUUUUCCCAAAAUGUAGGAAUAUUCUGAGGACAGUAAUUCUGAACCAAACGUGGAUCUGGAAAAUCAAUACUACAAUUCUAAAGCUUUGAAGGAAGAUGAUCCCAAAGCGGCACUAAGCAGUUUUCAGAAGGUUUUAGAGCUUGAAGGUGAAAAAGGAGAGUGGGGAUUCAAAGCUCUGAAACAGAUGAUUAAAAUAAACUUUAAAUUGACUAACUUUCCUGAAAUGAUGAACAGAUAUAAACAGCUAUUGACCUACAUACGGAGUGCAGUUACAAGGAAUUACUCUGAAAAAUCCAUCAAUUCUAUUCUUGAUUAUAUCUCUACUUCCAAGCAGAUGGAUUUGCUUCAGGAAUUCUAUGAAACAACACUUGAAGCUCUGAAAGAUGCUAAGAAUGAUAGAUUGUGGUUUAAGACAAACACAAAGCUCGGCAAAUUAUAUUUAGAACGAGAAGAAUAUGGAAAGUUACAAAAGAUUUUGCGCCAGCUGCAUCAGUCAUGCCAGACUGAUGAUGGUGAAGAUGAUCUUAAAAAAGGUACUCAACUAUUGGAAAUCUAUGCUUUGGAAAUUCAAAUGUAUACAGCACAGAAAAAUAACAAAAAACUUAAAGCACUAUAUGAACAGUCAUUGCACAUCAAGUCAGCCAUUCCUCAUCCGCUGAUCAUGGGAGUUAUCAGAGAAUGUGGAGGCAAAAUGCACUUAAGAGAAGGAGAGUUUGAAAAGGCACAUACUGAUUUUUUUGAAGCGUUCAAGAAUUAUGAUGAAUCAGGGAGCCCCAGAAGAACCACUUGCUUAAAAUACUUGGUCUUAGCAAACAUGCUGAUGAAAUCUGGAAUAAAUCCAUUUGAUUCUCAGGAGGCUAAACCAUACAAAAAUGAUCCAGAGAUUCUAGCAAUGACGAAUUUAGUAAGUGCCUAUCAGAAUAACGACAUCACUGAAUUUGAGAAGAUUCUGAAAACAAAUCACAGCAACAUCAUGGAUGAUCCCUUCAUAAGGGAGCAUAUUGAAGAGCUUUUGCGAAACAUCAGAACACAAGUGCUUAUAAAAUUAAUUAAGCCUUACACGAGAAUACAUAUUCCUUUUAUUUCUAAGGAGUUAAACAUAGAUGUAGCUGAUGUGGAAAGCUUGCUUGUGCAGUGCAUAUUGGAUAACACUAUACAUGGCCGAAUUGAUCAAGUCAACCAGCUCCUUGAACUGGAUCAUCAGAAGAGAGGUGGUGCACGGUAUACUGCAUUAGAUAAAUGGACCAACCAACUAAAUUCUCUCAACCAGGCUGUAGUCAGCAAGCUGGCCUAACAGAAAACAAGCUUUUACAAAACGUACUUAAGGCAACAGUGCUGUGAUGUAAACCUUAAAAGAACUGGGAAUGGCAAAACUACUGUCGGUUGGUGUGCCCUGAAAUUAUUGGAGUUAUGGCAGAAGUGCUUUUUUGAUCAGCUGGUUUGUGUUUUGCUGCUGCAUUUAUCCCAAGAAAAACAGCUUUAAUCUCCAGAAGAAAACCAAAAUGCCACGGGAUUUAUGCUGUAUUGACAUCUUGCCCUAAACAUACAACAUCAUAGUAAUUUGUCAAAGGGCAAUUAAUGACCAGAGAGAAGAUUUUUGUCAUGAUUUUAAAUACACUGACACGUUACUGUUGGUUAAAUUUAAACAUGUUUUACCUGCAGAAAUUCUCUCACAGAAAUAACCUGCAAUAACUUGAAAUGCAUACCCUUUUGAACACUUCCUUUUCUCAUGUAUAAAUUGAAAUGUUUGCUGCAUUUUGCAAAAAUGUCAAUUCUCCAAAAAUGUGUCCGUAUAUUUCUGUACCUGCAGUGUAGUAAAGGUUUAGAAGAAACCCCAUAAUUAUAGUGGCAUACUGUCACUUUAGGUUUCAAGCAGCAAAAUAAACAGUGCAGUUCAGAAAUUGUA